UACGAUCCGCAAUUGAAGGCUACGGAGACCUUGGAUUCACCCUCAAUGACUGAGAUAAGAAGACGUCGCUUCCCCUCAGUUAUGAUCACUGACACAGUCUUUGCCGACGAUAUUGCAUUGAUUUCAGAUAACUUGGAUAAAGCCCAAUCACUGCCAGAGCGAGUUGAAUGUGCUGCCCCAGAGUUAGUCCUCACAUAAACAGUAGCAGGACCGAAUACAUGGCAUAUAACCUCAGAAGACAGCGCGACCUUACUACCCUGGACUAUGCAAAGCUGAGCCAAGUGGACGAUUUCCAGUACCUUGGCUCCUGGAAAGAUCAAACGACGAAAGACCUCGAGAUCCGAAAAGCAAAAGCAUGGGCCGCUAGCAACAAACUAACAGUGGUGUGGAAAUCCAGCCUAAGCAGAGAUCUGAGGAUACGUUUCUUUACAGCUUCAGUUGAGUCUGUUCUAUUGUAUUGGUCGGAGAAUUUGACUUUGACCACUGCACUGGAAAAACACCUUGAUGGCUGCCAUACAAAAAUCCUUCGUGCUGCUCUAAACGUAAGCUGUAACGAUCAUAUAUCUAACAAGGAGCUCUACAGGGACCUGUUUCCAAUUUCAACAAGACUUAGUCUCAAAGUACGUCGGCUGCAGUUUAGUGGCCACUGUUGGAGAAGCUAGGAUGAGACUGUUUCCCACUUCUUUUGGGAACCAAACACUGCAGAUGCUUAAGGAGAAGCCCAGAAACAACAUUCAUUGACCAACUAGAGAGUGACACGGGCCUUAAGAGGCAGGAUCUUGCAUCUGUCAUAACCAACAGACGGCAAUGGGACAGACUUCACAAAUCUGUGCGGGUGCGCCCAAAUAGAUAGAUAGAUAGAUUAGCGUGAGAUUGAUUGUGCCAGGUUUCACUUUAAAGGUGACAACAUAGCAACAUCGAAAGCAAAAAGAAAAUAUUGAACGUACCCCGUGCCCUUAAUCAGUGGGAUUUUUACAGUGUUUAGUGUUACCUAGAUGUCAAGGAUCUGGCUGUGGUCUAGCGUGCAUAGUCUUUGUGGACUUAACUAAAGAAAUAUGGCGACUCAUAUUUUUUAUACGUACGCUAAGAACGCCGCAGUUUUGAAGGUUGAGAAAGACGAUCGCUAAUUCUUAUCCGUGUUUGUUCUCUUCUUAAGGACGAUUAAGGUGAUAACGCUUUCGUGUCCUUUUAUCUCAUUUUUUUAUCGUUAAUUUCAAUAGAUAGUUUCGAAACAAGAUCUUUCUAUUCGGUAAAUAGAGUUAAUCCUAUCUAUUGCCAAGAGCAUAUCGAAACAUGCAAUUAUUUUUCUUUUACGAAUACCAGCACGACUGAGGUUCGAAGCAAGUAUCUAUUCAUACCAGUUGCGAAAGGUAUCGAUCCAUCUCGCUAUCAAUCUAUAGCUAUUAGCAUAUUCAGAGCUCUUUGGUCCUCCCAGAUUUCCAAAGAAGCACCUUACUCAAGUAGAUAUUUAAUGCACAUUUUCCAAAAACCGUUGUUAAAGACAUGCACUAGGAAUUAUAGAUAGCAGAGCAAAGUAAACUAAAAAAACUUGAAAACAAAAAAAACCCAAAUAAUUCGUGACGUGACCGACCACGCCCUCUAUUGUUCAAAAAUUGUAACCAACUAUUCCCACCACUGCGAAACGUGUAUCUUCAGUUUCUCUGUAUCAAAACAUUGAACCUAAAAAGUGUCUACGAAAUCAGCUGGAAUGGUUCGAAGCAUUACAAUUGGCAGGUGCAGUUGGUGUUCAUUGACUAGUUCCAGUCCUCCUCUAACUAAGAUUUUUGUCAUAAGAAAGACAUUUGUUGAAAUCGUCUCAUUCCGAUCGUUUUACAAGAAGACUAUUUGUAGCCACUGUUUACACCUAUAAAUAGGAAACGGCUUGCUCUUUAUGUAGUGGGAAUUCCCACUCAACGAAUUUCUCGAUAAAACAGGGCCUGGCCGGUCACGUGAUGCAGUUAUAAACAAUUUUUAAAAUGAAAUCGUGAGAUUUCUUGGUUAGGAUUGCCCUUAGGUUAUUAGUCAUGGGAUGUCUUGAAAAUACUUUACAUUAGACCAACCCCUUUUAAAAUUCUGAGAAAUCUAUCAUGACCCAGGCCUUAAUCUACUUGAGUACUUUGAAGCGACAAUAGAGAGUUUUAGAUCGGAGUUUACCGCGAACCUCUAACCGCGGUUUGCGGUUACCCGUUUGCGGUUCGACGUUCACACAUAAUUCGAUUUAGAUUGGCGGUGGAUUAAAGAAGUGGAUUCUGGUUUAUUUUUCCAAUUAGAAGUAGAAGAAAUAUCAAUCAGUGAAAUAAAAGAAAUUUACGGUAACACUGGGUUAUCUAGUAGCAAAGAGCUGUAAAUUCUUACAUUAGUUCUUCUUGCACGGAAUUUACGGCCGCCAUUUUGAAUCAGCAGCCAUGAAUGGCACUUAUUUUCAAGAUCCAAUAGGAUUUAUCAAAUUUAGCAUUUCGCCCGAAUUUCUGCCCAUGUUAAUGGAUAAAGACUUGCUCCACAAGAUUUUUGUAUCAUUACGUGAGAUAAAACAAGAAUUAUAAGCUAAAAGCUUUCAGGUAAAUGACCUACGUGAAAACCUACCUCCCCACGUUAAAAACGCAUGUCGUAAACCUCAAACGUGACGCGAAAGACUUGUCACGUGACCUCCAGCGGUUAGAGGUUCGCGGUAAACUCGGAUCUAAAACUCUCUAAUGUCCCGAUUAUUCGCACACGCGAGCAUCAUCUGUUUUUUCUUAAAAAGACAACUGAACUGUCAUAUUGACGCGACAAGAUUUCCUUCCGGACCACAUACACCGCCGACGGAGAUAAGUUGUUUACAUUCUCAAGUUAUAUUUUAGACUUUCGAAGAAGUCUUCGUCUUAUUUAAAAUUUGGCUCGCGGCACGAAGACUUAUCGCGAUUUUGUCGCUAGCUCGGCCGCCUCGUGACCCGAAAAGUUCGUUCCGCCCGCUUUUAAAACAGCUUUUCUGCUCUGAAUCUCGUGUCAGAUGUCAAUUUGUGGCAAAUCCAAGUCCAAUAAUAUUUGCUGGCGCUCUAGCCUUAAAAGUUCGAAAGAUAAAAAUAAAAAUUCAAUUUCAACGCAAUGAAGCAUCGCAAAGGUUAGUCAAACAUAAUAUUAUGAUUUCAUUGCACUCGUUUCUCAAAACAUUUAGUGCCUGUUGCUUUGAUUUUAACGGCCGUAGGGAGGUUUAUUUAAAGUUUACUAACGCGUCGUUGCAAAACACUGUGCUUCACGAAGCUUAUUCUAUAAGAUCUCUCAGCCACAUCCAUGUCUCAACGGUUUCUUUCUUACAUAGUCUAUUGUUGCUGUUCCAUUUCUGCGUAUUCCUUUCACGAUUAUCUGAGCUUGUAUGAAAGCUGGCGGGAGAAAUAAUCUUUCAACUGGCAUUAAAGCGCUUCCCUUCUCUUGGUCCUCCAGCCAACGGCAAUGAAAGUAACGCCAAAAAAUCCCGAUUUCACCCAAAUCAAAACUUAAUAGGAACAAUAUAUCAUUGACCUGUAAUUCUGAGAAGUUAUAGUAUAGUAUCGAACUCGGCCAAGCGCGAGUAUGUUCAUAUUAAAAUGAACAAUGAAAAAGUCUUUAAAACAAAUAAAAUACAAAACAAAACCAAACGUCAAACUUCAGUACUGCCAUUUUCCUCUAUUACUUUAUUUGCCUAAUUAAUUCAUUUUUCGUUUCUAUAGGACGUCGUAAUACUUCAAUUAGGUGUACACGCUGAUUUUCCUUAUAGUCUA